GAGGGCCUACGGACACUGUGCGUGGCGUACAGGAAGUUGAGCGUGGCUCAGUACGAGGAGACGUGUCACCUGCUGAACAGCGCCAAGCUGGCCCUGCAGGACCGAGACAGGAAGCUGGCAGAGGCCUAUGACCUCAUUGAGAAGGACUUCGUACUGCUGGGGGCCACCGCCGUGGAGGACAGGCUCCAGGACAAGGCAGCAGACACCAUCGAGUCUCUCCAGAAGGCUGGGAUGAAGGUGUGGGUGCUGACCGGAGACAAGAUGGAGACGGCGGCGGCUACUUGUUACGCUAGCAAGCUGUUCCGCCGCUCCACACAGAUACUGGAGCUGACCACCAAACGCACCGAGGAACAGAGUCUACAUGACGUUCUGUUUGACCUGAGUAAAACUGUACUCAGGCAGCAUAGUAGCAUGACCAGAGACACCUUCUCAGGUCUGUCUGCUGACUGUGUGGACUACGGUCUGAUCAUUGACGGGGCCACCCUGUCUGCGGUGCUGAAGCCCAGUCAGGAGGACUCCAGUCAGGGGAACUACAAGGAGAUCUUCCUGGAGAUCUGUAGGAACUGCAGCGCUGUGCUCUGUUGCCGCAUGGCUCCCCUCCAGAAAGCACAGAUUGUGAAGCUGAUCAAAUCGUCUCCAGAACACCCCAUCACGCUAGCCAUUGGAGACGGGGCUAAUGAUGUUAGCAUGAUCCUGGAGGCUCACGUGGGCAUCGGCAUCAUGGGUAAAGAGGGUCGCCAGGCAGCGCGGAACAGCGACUACGCCAUCCCGAAGUUCAAACACCUGAAGAAGAUGCUGCUGGUUCACGGACACUACUACUACAUCCGCAUCUCAGAGCUUGUACAGUACUUCUUCUACAAAAAUGUCGCCUUCAUCUUCCCUCAGUUCCUCUACCAGUUCUUCUGUGGCUUCUCCCAACAGCCGCUGUAUGACACAGCCUAUCUGACACUGUACAAUAUCAGCUUUACCUCUCUACCCAUCCUGCUCUUCAGCCUCAUCGAGCAGCACAUCAACAUGGACAUCCUCAAGAAAGACCCCUCCCUCUACAGGGACAUAGCUAAGAACUCUCUUCUGCGUUGGCCCAUUUUCAUCUACUGGACCUUCCUGGGGGUGUUCGACGCCAUCGUCUUCUUCUUUGGUUCUUACUUCCUGUUCAACAACAGCACCUUCACCAGCAACGGACAGCUAAUGACAACCAACACACAGAUGAUGUUUGGUAACUGGACGUUUGGGACUCUGGUCUUCACUGUGCUGGUGUUCACAGUCACCUUAAAGCUCGCCCUGGACACACACUACUGGACAUGGAUCAACCACUUUGUCAUCUGGGGCUCGCUGCUUUUCUUCGUCAUCUUCUCUCUGCUUUGGGGAGGCAUCAUUUGGCCCUUCCUGAACUACCAGAGGAUGUACUAUGUGUUUAUUCAGAUGUUGUCCAGCGGUCCGGCCUGGCUCAGCAUCAUCCUGCUCAUCGUCACCAGUUUGCUGCCUGACGUGGUCAAGAAGGUCGUCUGCAGGGCCCUGUGGCCCACCACCACAGAACGCAUCCAGAAUGCAGACAAGCUGUAUAACGGCCAGCUAUCGGAGUUCACCCCGCUGGCAUCUCUCCACGCGCCCACGCGCAGGAGGGCCGACCACCAGAACCCCAUUCCCAGAAGAACAAACUGGUGUUGCCUCUGUGCAUAUGUCUUAUCCAGGAAUACGCCAUAAGACAUUAGUCUUUUCCAGUUCAGUUGUAAGUGGCUAGGCCGUGAUAGUGGUUUAUCUCUACUGGACUAGAGACAGUUCUGUGUGUGUGUGUGUGUAGCAUCCCGUGUCAUAGACUGUCCUUGUGUCUACUGUGGAGUGAUGUGAUUAUACCUCCAUUCCCCCUUGUAACCGUCCCAUUUCCUGACAUGGAAGCUGAGGCAUCCUGCCUCACGUAGUGCUAAGGACCCACAGUGGGAAACCAGUAUGCAUGGGAAUCCUUUUCCGCCUUAACAUCUACACAGUGUUUCCUUUGAAAUACACAGUAGUCUGGAACCAAAGGCUCAGAAAAUACUUUUUCAAUGGCUUGCCUUGCUGGUUAUUGCCUUACACUGAGACUGGGUGGGACAGAGGAAGAGAAAUUCUGCCUUACACCACACCAGGAUUGGUGGACAGUAUUAGAUAGGAGAGAGAACCUACUUUGUUUCUGGGCUUUAACGUUGUCCAUGUAGAUAUCUAACAUCUCUCACACUCAGAUCUGAAGCCUUUAAGAGCAGUGGAUCUCUGUUACAGAAAUGCAACAUGUAGAAUGUAGACAUUAUGCUCAGCUGCUUUGCUCUGUCCCUUGGCAUAAAUAAUAUAGAACAUACCCAUAGAAGUCUCACACGAUGCGUGAGAGCCUCAUGAAGGU